AUGAGAUUAUCUAUCAUUGUAAGCUCCUCAAGUGAGGCUGCUCAUAGUCAUGAACAAUACAGCAUCAAUGAAAUAAGCAAAGCAACUUCAGUUUGGAUAAUAAAAUUAGUCAAUGUGGAUUUGGAGCUGUCUAACAUGAGAUCAGAAUUACUUGUAACUUGUCUUCAAAUGGGUCUAGUAUGCAAUCAAAUGGGUCUAGAUUAUGCCAUAAAGCACCAUCCAGGUGCUGUGGUGCAAUUGAAUCGUGAAGAAAUGGAGAAGAAGACAACAAUUAAGAAAAGGGAAGGUAAGGCGUUUCCAACCUUUGAUGGUAAAGAGGCUUACUGGUGGUUGAUCAAAGUGGAGCAGCACUGUGAGGCCAUGGAAAUGGCUGAAGAGAAGAAGUUCUCGGAGGCUGAGAUGGCUUUGACGGGAGAUGCUUUCUUCUGGUGGUAUUUCUGGAAAAGAAGAAACCAGAAUGCAAAAUGGUGGGAUUUUGUGAAGGCUUUACUGAAGAAAUUCCAACCAGAAAUGGAUCCUGACAUACCAGUAUAUGUUAAAGAUUCUAGAGAGGAAGAAAGCCCAAGGAUAAAUGAAGUCUUGGAGAAUGCAAGAGAAGGCCAUUUAGUAGAAUCAAAAUCAGAGAUGAUAGAGACCACAGUAGAGGCGGAGAAAUCCUUAACCUUUGAGAUGCAAAGACCCAAUCUUGAAGCAGAGGUUGUAAGAAGAGGUGAUGGAGUGAGUCUUGGACCCCGGUGGAGAAAGCAUCGAAAGAUCCAUCAACAACCGAAGACGAUGAAGAGACGCAAGUCUCUGAAUAAAGAAGGGGAGCCAAGACAGAGGAAUGGUAUGUGGGUCAAAUGUCUUUCAAGGAUCAAGCAUCUUCCACCACAGGCAUUGAACAGACUGCAACACUUGGCAUCUGCAGAGAUGAUCUUGUUGAAAGAGGGGAAGACAGGAACAAAAUGGGCUGCGUUAAGUGGUUUGACCAACUUCAAACAGUGGGAUCCAGGAGGAGGUAUUUUUCAGAGUCAAACUCCAGAAGUACUGAUUAAAACUGCAGAACAUUUGGAGCAGCCAACCUACAUUGAAGGAGCAUUGCCUACUUCCCACCUUGAGGACAAGGUGGAUCUUUUAGGGCGGGACUGGGACACUUUUAAGUUGGCAAUUCUGAAGAGGUUCCAAGUUUCAAGUACUCUCAAUCCCUUUGCUGCUUUACUAGCCCUUAAGCAAGAAGAUUCGGUGGCGGAAUUUGUGGAACAAUUUGAGAAAUUUGCCGGCAUGUUGAAAGACAUUGAUGAAACACACUUAAUGGAUAUCUUUGUGAAUGGUUUGAAGGAGGACAUAGGUGCAGAAAUUAAACUUUAUGAACCAACAACCUUAUCCAUCAUGGUCCAAAAGGUUUUAAUGAUUGAGCAGAAAAAUCUUGCAGUUAGUAAGGUUCAUCCAAAUUCAACUUCUGGUUCAAGGUUCAGUAAUUCUUAUAAGUCACCAUCAAUUUCUCGAACUGUCACAGUUGAUACUACACAGAAGAGUGGAGGCAAAAGUUACACACCAUCUUCAUCUUAUUCUGGUAGUGUCUCUGUGGAAAAACCAUUUCAAAGAAAUCGACCGGGUAAUUACCGUAGACUUUCUGAUGCUGAUUACCAGGAGAAGAUCCGGAAAGGAGAAUGUUUUCGCUGUGAUGAAAAAUUUGGGCCUAACCAUGUGUGCAAGAACAAACAAUUUCGAGUUAUGCUGAUGGAAGAGACUGGCGAUUCUGAACCAGAAGAUGAUCCAGAUUGUCACCCCGAAACGGAACCUGUCCCACAUUUAUCCUUGAAUAGUAUUGUUGGAUUCACUUCUAGAAGGUCUUUCAAGGUUUGGGGAACUAUUGAAGAUCACAAAGUUGUGGUGUUAGUUGAUUGUGGAGCAACUCAUAAUUUCAUUUCCAAGGCGUUAGUACAGGAAUUGCACUUGAAGGUUGAGGAUACUCCAUCUUAUGUAGUUGAAGUAGGGGAUGGUCAUAAGAUACCAUGCAAGGGUGUUUGUAAGGACAUGUCUUUGCUGUUACACAAUGUGCCGGUCAAUCAACAAUUUUAUUUGUUUGGCCUUGGCGGAGUGGACAUUGUAUUGGGCCUAGAAUGGUUAGCAAGUCUUGGUGACAUUAGAGCUAACUUUGAACAGUUGACUUUGCGGUUUACUAUGAAUGGCCAGAAGUUGUCACUCCAAGGGGAUCCUGAAUUAUGCAAGAAGGAUGCUUCUUUAAAUUCCUUACUCAAGGCUUUGCAACAUGGUGAGGGAUUUCUCAUUGAUUUUCAACAAAUUCAAGCAGAAACAGAUUGGAGGGCUAAUGUUCCAGCAGAUUUAGUUUCCAUUCUCCACCAAUUUCCUUCCAUCUUUGAACCGCCGGAAGGAUUACCACCUCACCGUCGGCAAGAUCAUGCGAUUCAUCUCAAGGAAGGGGCGCAAAUUCCUAACUUAAGACCUUAUAGAUAUCCACAUUACCAGAAAAACGAAAUUGAGAAAUUGGUUGCUGAAAUGUUAGAUGCCGGCAUUAUUCGUCCAUCUACAAGUCCCUUCUCCAGCCCCAUAAUUCUGGUUCGAAAGAAAGAUGGUAGUUGGCGGUUUUGUGUUGAUUAUCAGGCUUUAAACAAGAUCACCGUGCCAGACAAAUUUCCAAUUCCAGUCAUUGAUGAAUUGUUGGAUGAAAUAGGAGGGGCACGGAUCUUUUCAAAGCUGGAUUUGCGUUCCGGUUAUCACCAAAUCAGAAUGAAGGAAGGUGACAUUGAAAAAACUGCAUUCAGAACUCAUGAAGGUCAUUACGAAUUUCUGGUACUUCCUUUUGGUCUCACUAAUGCACCCUCUUCUUUUCAAUCUUUAAUGAAUGAAGUUUUGAGGCCCCUUCUCCGCAAGUUUGUAUUAGUUUUCUUCGAUGAUAUUUUGAUCUAUAGCCUCUCCAUGGAAGAUCAUAUCCAACAUUUGCACACUGUUUUAUCUCUAUUACAACAACAUGAUUUGAAAGUCAAUGGGAAGAAAUGCACUUUUGGCCAAGAGACUUUGGAGUAUUUGGGUCACAUCAUUUCUGCAGGUGGAGUUUCUGCUGAUCCAAAGAAAUUACAGGCUAUGUGGUUGUGGCCUACUCCCAAGGACAUCAAAAGUUUAAGGGGUUUUCUUGGACUAACAGGUUAUUACCGCCGUUUUGUACAGAAUUAUGGGAAGAUUGCGAAACCUUUGACUAAUUUAUUGAAGAAAGAUGCUUUUCAAUGGAGUUCUGAUGCUCAUGCUGCUUUUGAACAAUUAAAGAAUGCCAUGACUACUCUUCCUAUGCUGGCUGUUCCUGAUUUUACCAAGCCUUUUGUUUUAGAGACUGACGCUUCAGGUACAGGUUUGGGUGCUGUUUUAUUGCAGGAAGGUCGCCCUUUGGCUUUUUGGAGUACAACUUUAUCUGAUCGGAAUCAAAGGAAAUCAGUCUAUGAUCGCGAACUGAUGGCGGUUGUCAAAGCUGUCCAAAAAUGGCGCCAUUACUUGUUGGGUCAUCAUUUUAUAAUCCGAACUGAUCAGAAAAGUUUGAAGUUUUUGGCAGAUCAACGCAUGUUAGGUGAAGAACAAUUCAAGUGGGUUUCUAAGUUGGCUGGGUUUGACUUUGAUAUUCAGUACAAACCGGGUAAAGACAAUUCUGCUGCUGAUGCCUUAUCCCGGCGGAGUUCUUAUUGCGCCAUUUCUAUCUUACAAAUUCAUGAUUUUGAAGAAUGGGUGGAAGAAGUCAAUAAAGAUGACAAGUUGCAGAAAAUUAUUCAAGACUUGAUUCUGGACCCUACUUCUCAUUCCGGUUAUGUCUUGCGUGAUCAGAAACUAUUCUUUAAAGGUAGAUUGGUUUUAUCCAAGACUUCCUCCCGUAUACCAGUCAUCUUGAAAGAGUUUCAUUCUUCAUUGAUGGGAGGGCAUUCCGGAAUCUUCAGAACAUACAAAAGGGUAGCCAACUUGGUUUAUUGGGACGGCAUGAAAUCUGACAUCAAGAACUAUGUGGUUGCUUGCGAUGUUUGCCAAAGGAACAAAAGUGAUAAUUUAACUCCGGCAGGCUUAUUGCAACCUUUACCCGUUCCUACUCAAGUUUGGACAGAUAUUUCCAUGGAUUUUGUCACUGGUUUACCUAAAUCCAUGGGGAAAGACACCAUUCUGGUAGUAGUUGAUCGUCUUACAAAAUAUGCACAUUUCUUGGCCUUGGGUCAUCCCUAUACAGCUACUGAGGUUGCUGCUGUAUUCCUUCAAGAAAUUGUCAGGCUACAUGGUUUUCCUUCCUCCAUUGUAUCUGAUCGAGAUCCCCUUUUCUUGAGCAAUUUUUGGAAGGCACUUUUCCGAGCAGCAGGUACUCAAUUGAAAUUUAGUUCUGCUUAUCAUCCCCAAACUGAUGGCCAAACCGAAGUUGUCAACCGGUGCUUGGAGGUGUACUUGCGCUGUCUUACUGGUUCCAAACCCAAAAAAUGGGUUUCUUGUCUUCCAUGGGCUGAAUUCUGGUUUAAUACUAAUUAUAAUGCUUCCAGCAAAAUGUCACCUUUUCAAGCCUUGUAUGGGCAGGAUCCUCCUCUUCUUUUCAAAGGUUCGACCAUUCCUUCCAAGUUAGAUGAGGUUAAUAAACUUUCUAAGGACCGGGACGAAUUGUUGGCAGAUUUGCGGGACAACUUGCUUAAGUCUCAGGAUAUCAUGCGUACAUAUGCCAACAAACAUAGAAGACAAGUGGAAUUUGAAGCUGGCGAUUGGGUCUUCUUGAAGUUGCAGCCUUAUAGAAGGCGAUCUUUGGCUCAACGAGUUAAUCAGAAACUCAGUCCACGAUUCUAUGGGCCAUUCCAAGUGUUAACCAAAGUUGGAGCUGUAGCUUAUAAAUUAGACCUUCCUUCCCAUAGCAGAAUUCAUCCGGUGUUCCAUGUCUCUCUUCUUAAGAAAGCCAUUGGUGAUUCGUUUCAAUCUCAGCCCUUGCCUCCAAUGCUAUCUGAAGAUCACGAGUUGCAAGUUUAUCCCGAAUCGGUUCUCAAUGUUCGUGAAGAUUCUCCUGGUAAUGUUGAGGUUCUGAUUUCCUGGCAGAAUCUUCCUUCUUGUGAGAAUAGUUGGAAGUCGGUGGCCCGCAUUCAUGAAGCCUUUCCAGACUUUCACCUUGAGGACAAGGUGAAUCUUCAAGGGGGGGGUAUUGAUAAGAUUAAACCUCCUUUGAUCCAAGUUUAUCGCCGGAAAAAGAAGAAUUUCAGGUCUGGAACCACCAUGGGGGGUGGCGCAGCCUCUACUGUGGCCAUGGAGACUGCUGAGCAGCCAAAACAGCAAGGAGAGAGGGGAAAUACGAAUUUGACAGAUGGAUAG